GAGGAGGAGGAGGAGGAGGAAGAGGAAGAGGAGGAAGAGGAGGGGUAUUUCGGUGCGGCGAGAAGCAGGUGGCGCUCAGUGCCGCGCUGGGAAGCGGCCAGCUCGGGAGCGGCACCGGCCCGGCCAACGCGCACCGCACAGCGCAGCACCGCGCAGCACCGCACCAUGGGCUCCGCGGCGCUGCCGCCGCUCUUUCUGGCUCUGGGCAUUCUUCAUAACUGCUGUGAAGCCUACAAUGUUGGGCUCCUAGAAGCAAAAAUAUUUUCUGGUCCAUCAACAGAGCAGUUUGGAUAUGCAGUUCAACAGUUUGUAAAUGAUCAAGGCAAAUGGUUAUUGGUUGGUUCACCCUGGAGUGGCUAUCCAGCUAACAGAACUGGAGACAUCUAUGCAUGUCCUGUUGGUAUCCCCAAAACCACAUGUAACAAACUGAAUUUAGAAGCUUUAAUAAAUAUUCCAAAUGUGACUGAGAUAAAGGAAGACAUGAACCUUGGCUUGACUCUGAUCCAGAACUCAAAAACAGGAGGAUUUUUGACUUGUGGUCCCUUGUGGGCACAGCAGUGUGGAAGGCAAUACUAUGCUACAGGAGUGUGUUCUGAAAUCAGUCCAAGUUUCCAGAUCCUAAGAAGCUUUUCUCCUGCUGUUCAAAAGUGUUCUUCUGUCAUAGAUAUUGUGGUGGUUUGUGAUGAGUCAAACAGUAUUUAUCCCUGGGAUGCUGUGCGGGCAUUUUUGAAGAAAUUUGUACAAGGCUUAGAUAUAGGCCUUAACAAAACCCAGGUGGGUUUGAUUCAGUACGCUAAUGAUCCCCGGGUGGUGUUCAACUUGAAUACAUAUCAAACAAAGGAUGAGGUUGUUAAAGCAAUGGAGGGAACAUAUCAGAAGGGAGGAGAUCUGACUAAUACUUUCAAAGCCAUUGACAAUGCGAGACAGUAUGCCUUCUCACCUGAAUCAGGAGGACGCCCUACAGCUACGAAAGUAAUGGUUGUUGUGACGGAUGGUGAAUCACAUGAUGGCUCCAAUUUGAAAACUGUGAUAGGUAAAUGUAAUGAAGACAAUAUAACCAGAUUUGGCAUUGCUGUUUUGGGAUACUUAAUCAGACAUGAACUUGAUACUAAAAACUUAAUUAAAGAAAUCAAAGGAAUUGCUAGCCAUCCAACAGAUAAGUAUUUCUUUAAUGUAUCGUCUGAGGCUGCACUACUGGAAGAAGCAGGAACACUUGGAGAGCGCAUUUUUAGCAUAGAAGGUACAGAUCAAGGUGAUACAUUCCAAAUGGAAAUGUCACAGGUGGGCUUCAGUGCAUAUUACUCAAAAAAAAAGGAUGUUCUGCUGCUGGGUGCUGUUGGGGCUUAUGACUGGAGUGGAACAGUGGUUCAGGAGUCUUCAAACAGAGUGACCACCUUUCCAAGCAAUGUGUUUGAGAAAAUUCUGCAGGACAGAAAUCAUAGUUCAUAUCUAGGUUAUUCUGUUGCUGUUCUCUCAACUCAGAGCUCUGUCUAUUUUGUUGCUGGUGCACCCAGAUCCAACUAUACUGGCAGAGUAGUGGUUUAUGAUGUUGACAGACAUGGUAAUAUCGCAAUUGUGCAGUCCCAGAGAGGUGAACAGAUUGGUUCCUACUUUGGCAGUGUGGUGUGUUCAGUGGAUGUUAACAAGGAUUCUGUGACAGAUGUACUACUUGUAGGUGCACCAAUGUUUAUGAAUGACCUUAAGAAAGAGGAAGGGAGAGUAUACAUGUUUUCCAUCACAAAGGGAAUUUUGGAUCAACAGGAACUCUUAGAAGGUCCACAAGGGUCAGAAAAUGCUCGCUUUGGAUCAGCAAUCACAGCACUUGCAGACAUUGAUUUAGAUGGCUUUAAUGAUGUUGUAAUAGGUGCACCACUGGAAAACCAAAACUCUGGAGCAAUUUAUAUUUACAACGGGUUUCAAAAGAGUAUACAUACCAAAUAUUCUCAGAAAAUUUUAGGAUCGGAUCCUGCUUUUGGAAAACAGCUCCAAUUCUUUGGAAGAUCAGUAGAUGGCCAUAGAGACUUAAAUGACGAUGACAUUACUGAUGUAUCAGUUGGUGCUGAUGGAAAAGUGCUUCUGCUUUGGUCACAAAGCAUUGCAAAUGUGUCUAUAAUUGCCUCAUUUAAACCUGAGAAAAUCAGUCUGCUGAACAAGAACACAGAAAUAACUGUCAAAAUAUGUUUUCAGGCUACAUUUAGACCUGCUAACAGAAAUAACCAAGUGGCUAUAAAGUAUAAUGCAACACUGGAUGCAGAUCUCCAGUCCUCUAGAGUGACUUCCAGGGGAUUGUUCAAAGAAAAUAAUGAAAGGUACAUGCAGAGGGAUCUUGUGGUACGUCAUGAAGAGAAUUGUGUUCAUGACAUCUUCAACGUACAGGAACCUUCUGAUGCAGUGAAUUCCCUUAGUUUGCGUGUUGACAUUGGCCUUACAAAUCCUGGCUCCAGCCCUGUCCUCGAUAUAUAUUCUCCAACAUCUGUGUCCUACAGUAUUCCUUUUAUUAAAGACUGUGGUGAAGAUGAACUUUGUAUCUGUGAUCUUGUUCUGAAAGUCCAGCAGAAGGGAGAUCACAGCAAACAGCAGUUCAUUGUCAGCAGCAAAAACAAAAGACUAACAUUCAAUGUGAACUUGAGAAAUAAAAGAGAAAAUGCAUAUAAUACCAGAAUCCAGGCUACAUUUUCAGACAACUUGUUUUUUGCUUCUUCGUCUUUACCGAGCGAUGGGACUGAAGUCUCAUGUCAGACAGGAACAACACAAACUACAGUCAUUUGCCAAAUAAGCUAUCCAGUUUUCCGAACAGGACAACAGGUAUCUUUUGAUAUUAGUUUUGAUUUUAACCUGAAAAAUCUUCAGAAUAUGGCAGUUCUAAGUUUUCAUGCCUUGAGUGAAAGUAAUGAAGAGCAAGAACAGGACAACCAGAUCAGCUUAUCAAUUCCUUUGCGGUAUGAUGCAGAAAUUCACUUCACAAGGCUUGCCAACAUCAACUUCUAUGAAGUGUACUCUGGUCGUAACAUUCCUUCCCCUGUGAAUAGUUUUGAAGAUAUUGGCCCCACAUUCAACUUCUCAGUUAAGAUAACAACAGGGGGAAUUCCAGUGAAGAUGGCAACUGUGAAAAUCCUUCUUCCAGAGCUGACCAACAAAGACAACCCACUGAUGUACCUAACUGCAGUUGACACAGAUCAGACCAGGGGUGUUACUUGUCAAGCUCAGAUAAAUCCACUGCAAAUAGGAAAAAGACCUUACUCUGCAUCCUUCAAGAAAGAGAACUUCAGAGCUUUGAAAGAAAUGAACUGUAAAAAUGCAAAGUGCAGUACCAUCACAUGCAAACUGGAAGACCUCGUGCUGAAAGGAGAGUAUUUUGUGAAUGUCUCCACCCGGAUCUGGAAUGGUACUUUUGCUGCUUCAACUUUCCAGGCAUUGCAACUCUCUGCAGAGGCAGAAAUCAAUACACACAACGCUGAUUUAUUUAUAAUUGGAGAGAAUACCCUAACUAUCCCAGUUACAAUUAUGAAGCCAGAUGAGAAAGCUGAGAUACCCAUUGGUGUUGUGAUUGGCAGUAUAUUGGCUGGACUCCUCUUGCUGUUAAUACUGGUUGCUGUUUUAUGGAAACUUGGCUUCUUCAAGAGACAGUAUGAAAAAAUGACACAGGAUAUAGAAGAUAUCGAUGAAAUUACAGAACUCACAAAGGACAAAGACUGAAGAUGAAGAGUUACCUGUAUAAAGAGAGGAGAUCUGAGCCACCAACCGAAGUUGUGAUACAAUCAGUUCUUCAGCUAGAGUGCCUUAAAGCUUAAUAACAUUUAAACAUUUUUAAUUAAAGUGUCUUUUUUAUAGAUGAAAAUAUUUUACAGAUUCUACUCUAUUAUGAGAGUAACUGCAGGACAGUUUGUUUGUUUUUUCAAAAAAUGGUUUAUAGUGCCUUUUCUUGUAUAUUUUUGCUUUUCAAACAAACUUAGCCUUUAGAACUGGCAGGUCCGGAGUUUACAGUAACAUUUUGUGCCAGCAACACUUCUGAUCCACUGCAGAGUGAAACAGAGCAAUUUAUUUCAGAUUAUUGUGGAACAGCAUCAGUUCGUAAUUCAGUUGACAAAUACCAUAUGUGUAAAGGACACUUUCUAUUAAGUUGAUGAUGAAUGUGUGGUGAAUACCACUUCCAGAUUGGGAGAAGAAAACUCAUUUCUUCAUUGACUAGCUCCAUCCUUAUUGUUUUAGAGAAAUGAUUUGCACCAGCAAACCUUUGUCUUAACUAUUCUAUGAAGUGGGAACUGUGUAUGAAGAUGUCUGUGUGUGCUAUAGGACAAAUGGACAGGCAUACUGUUCCAAAAUACCACCAAAUUCCUUGCACUAUGGUCACAAAAUACUGAAGUAUACUGUGGGUUUUUUGUUUGUUUUGUUUUGAAAAUAUUGCCAAAUGAUACAUAUAACUGCAUUCUGCAUACUGUCUCUGAGAAGAAAAUAUGAAUUUCAUAACCACUUACACCGUGUUCUCUGCCAUGUUAUGACUUUUUUCAAAUUUCAACUAGAGGAGCACUACCAAUACUGUUACACUGGGCUUUACAUGCGCAGUCACUCUGACAUCAGUUUGGCUUUUGACAUAAAUAGGGAAGAGACUCAAGAUCUUGCCUUUAUUUCUGUACUAGAAGAUUUUGCAAGACCAAGAGCAUGAAGUGAAUUAAAGGGGAUAAUGACUGAAGAACUAUGCACAUGUUAGGACAGAAGACAGAGAACACCUAAGCUCUAUAAACUGUGUACUGCACUCUUUUUUUUUAGCAUCUCAGUGCCCUCCAAGAGACCAAAGUUCAGUAUAACCUUCUUACCUGUCAUAUUUUAUUUGGUCCCAUGUCUUCGUGUCUUGAAGAAGCUAACUUAUACUUUAUACAGUAAAGUACUGUAGUGCUCUGGAUGAGCUCUGAGCACAUUUGGUUGACUUUGUGUCAGUUACACACCUCAAACAUGCUGGCCAGUUUUGGUGAAAGCUCGGUCUCACGAAGUCCUACGCUGUAAGACUGGUUAAUAGUCAGGGGAUUUGGCCUUUUGUCUGCCUUUCACUCUUGUGGCUGGCAUUUAAUUAUACAUAUGUUCAGUUGUGAGACAAGAUGCAUGUGCUGUCUUUUUAUGGAUGCUGCCAUGCAAGUAAGAUUGUUUCUGACUCAAGCUGAUUUACUUGAAGAGUAAAACAUUUAAAUGUGUCUAACUGACUCAGAACCCAACAUCACGUUUUAAUUCCCCCAAACCUAGUUUGUCAGUAUGACUAGGCACCUUUCGAGUUAUUUUCUGAGGGACUUUUCAAAAAUUAGAUGUGAGCAUAUUUGAAAGUUUCAUUCAGUCUUUUUUAAUCAGUCAUGGGCCAACCCAUCUCUGGCAAAUAACAGCUUCAUUUGCAGUGACAUCUGCAUUGUGCUCAGUAUAAUUUUGUGUUUUGGGUUUAUUUUGUAUAUAUGAAAGGUUACACAUUUUGAGGUGUGGUUUUUUUGUUUGUUUGUUUUGUUUUGACAUUCUGAAAAAUAAUCUGGAUUCUGAUCUUAACUGUCAAAUAAGAUUGUUGCCAUCCACUGAUUUUGUGAACAAAACAAUUGUUUAACAAGUGAAAAAAAAUGUAGCCAUUAUUUUAUAGAUCUAAAGAAUAAAGUCCUGACCUAUAGUUAUCAACCCUGCAGGCAAAUGCCUUAAAAAUAAAGGUAAAAAAUUGUCUGCCUCAAUUCUUGUAUAAACUUGUGAGAAAGAAACAAAAUCCCACACCUAUAUGUAUGAGAAACUCCUACAUAACUAGGGUCAUUGCAGUCCAGGCCAGAGGGGGAAUUUCACAAUGGAGCAUACUGUAGCAUCUUUCAUUUUUGUUACUGCUUGCACCACAAAUGAUGUAGGCAGUCACUAGACUUCCUUCUUCCACCUUAGGUAGCAAGUAUAGGUGAGCAGCAGACACCUAACUUCUUGGGUAUUUAACAGUUUAUCAGCUGGGCAGCAAUGAUUCAAUUAACUAGUCUACACUGGGUUUUAUUUUGUCCCAGACAACAUGAUCCCCCCCCCAGUCCUGGAAGUAAGACUUUUCCCAAAAUAAAGGGAAGGCAUAGCAAUGCAUAAGGUUUUGUAUCCUAACCACUUCAAAUUACUAGUUUUUCUUUUAUGAUUAAUACUUACAUGUCUAGUUCACAGUUUUUGUAAUGGGUGAGUUUACUGCACUUUUAAGUUGGCACAGCCACAAAUAAUGCUGGAAAUAUUAUGUAUAUUUUGUACUGUUUUUUUUUUUUUUUUUUUUUUUUUUUUUGUUAGUUUUACUUUUUUAAACUGCAUGUUACAGGUGAAAUAAUAUUCUGAAAUGCUGGGCUUCAGCAAACACUUCUAUUUGUGCUUGCAGGAAAAGAAGUCAGGAAUACCUUCAACAAUUUCAAGUUGUAUCUGAUUCUGGUCCUGAAUCUAGCUGCUGACUUCUUGAAGUACUAGAUUCGAGUCUAAACUUAAAGUUAUGUUUAGAUUUGUGAUGUACAAGAGAGUUUUUAAGCAAACUGACUUCUGAAAGCUAGUAUGUAAGCUCUAUGGGAGCAGGGACUGUAUCUCUGUGGUGCCUACCUGAGGGCCUAACAGCGUUACUACAAUAAAAACAAGAAUACUGCUGAA